GCAAGCCCGUGGUAUCACAACAUUGCGCUGGAAGUCCCUGUAAUCAUCCUCAUGUCGCUUAAAUUGAGGCAAUUACUUUCGUUUCUUUAAUGAGAGCUAUACUUAAAUUAUCUGAGAGGCGUAGAAGCUGACAUUAAGCUCCGGGAGCGUUGAAAAUAUGCGUGUAGUGGCUGUGAAAGCUGAGCAGCAACAACUAGCGCUGGUUGGCAAAUGGCUGCUCGGUGUGUCUGCUGCUGCUCCAAAUGACAACACGACGAGAUCAUUGUAGCGAAGCCUGAGACCUGCAUCAUGAAACGGCCAACAAACAACAUGUGACACAAACACGAGCUCUGUGCUGACGGGACCCGUGCUUGUGGCGAUGCCUCGCCUGGAGGAGGUGGCCAACGUGGCCCUCAGGGUGCCCAGCAUCCUGGUGCUGGACCUGCUGUACAGGUGCGACAUCGAGGCUCUGACCGAGCACCUCCGGGCCAAGAGCCAGGACAUGCUCUUCAAAUACAAGUAUGUCAUCUGGAACAUGUACUACCUUGGUCAUUUGAUAAAUGUGGUGGUGUUAGUUCUGCCAUUGAGACACAUAGUGACCCUCUACCUCCAUAUCCUCGUUGCCCUCCUGCUGUACAUGGGGCAUCAGAUUUCUAGGGAUUAUGUUCGUGAUGAGCUGCAGUACGGAUAUGAAGGUGCCGUGUACCUCGAUUCGUUGGCCUUCAACAGAUUUGUCUCUGCGAUGACUAGCCAGAUCAUUCUCAGCACGCUGUGUGCCUUCCUGAUGAAGACCAGAAAGGUGUGGCUGUUCUCUGCUCACCUGCUCCCCCUGCUGGUUCGCCUGGGCGCCGUUUCCUAUUCCACGCUGCUGACGGUCAACACGUUCUCCAUGGGCCUGACGGGAGCCGGGAUGGUGGCGUUCCUCUUCACCAAUAUCUUUGUGCCAUAUCGUCUUGCAAGGGCUGCGUAUUCAGAGCUGCUUCACCUCGAGGUGAUGGAGCUGUACAGACUUCUGGCUGUGGGAAUAUCUCUGUGGGGCCAGUUUGCCGUUCCCGUGCUCUUCAGCGUCUUCUGGUUUGUUCUGUUCAUCGUGCAACUGUGCUCGGACGCCAUGGCCCCCGGUGCUUUGUCAACCCAUCAGGGAAUCAUGUUCGUUCUGCUUACAAGUGUGUCUGAAUGCUGUGCCACGCCGUACUCUCUGCUCGGCCUGACCUUUGUGGUGUCCUAUCUGGCUCUCGGGCUUCUCAACCUAUGCAAGUUCUACCUGGGAGGUUAUGCAGGCGUGCAGAAUGAGAAUGUCAUGCACAGGGGUGUGACGGAGGGCAUCACUCUGCUGCUGCUCGCCCUGCAGACGGGGCUGCUGGACAUGCAGGCGCUGCAGCGCACCUUCCUCCUCAGCAUCAUCCUCUUCAUCGUGGUGACUUCCACCUUGCAGUCGAUGACUGAAAUAACGGACCCGGUUAUUCUGGCCUUGGGUGCUUCACGUAACAGGUGUCUGUGGAAACACUUCCGUGGCCUCAGCAUGUGUCUGUUUCUACUGGUUUUCCCCGUGUUUAUGGCGUAUAAAAUCUCCCAGUUCUUCCACAUGGACUUCUGGCUUCUUAUCUUAGUGUCUAGCUGCAUGCUCACCUCCCUUCAGGUCACCGGCACUAUGCUGAUAUACCUCCUGUUCAUGGUGGAGCUGUUCCGCAGCGACCCCAUCGAGAGCCUGGACGAGGUGAUCUACUGGGUGCACGCCGUCAGCAGGGUGCUGGAGUUCCUGGUGGCGCUCUGCGUGGUGGCGUACGGCACCUGGGAGUCUCUGUUCGGGGAGUGGAGCUGGAUGGGCGCCUCCGUCAUCAUCAUCCACUCGUACUUCAACGUGUGGCUCAGAGCUCAGUCCGGCUGGAGGAGCUUCCUGCUCAGACAGGAAGCAGCUAAGAAGAUCAACUCCCUUCCCGUGGCCACAGCCGAGCAGCUGCAGCAGCACAAUGACGUCUGCUCCAUCUGCUUCCAGGAAAUGAGCGCUGCUGUCAUUACAUAUUGUGGACAUUUCUUCCACGGCAACUGUCUCCGAAAGUGGCUGUAUGUGCAGGAAACGUGCCCCAUGUGUCACCAGAAGGUCCGGCAGAUGCAGAGCCAGGGUUCGGGUGUCGGUCCGGCAGCUCCACCUCAGAGGAACGUGGGUCCAGAUCUAGCCGGACCAGAAGACGAGCGGUGCCCGGACAACGGCCCAGCUAAGGAGAUGCAGAGCGGCGAUGCGUUGCCGGUUCCCUCCGAGCAGCAGGAGGGGGGGGGAAGCUCUGAGGAUGGAGAAAAUAAAGACCAGCUGUCUGACGCUCACAGUGAACAUCUUUGUUUCAGCUCCAGUGGAGACUGUGCCGCAUCUAUAAGCCCAGUGUCUUCGGAGCUCCUCUCUAGUUCCUCUGUGCUGUCAGUUAAAACAUCUAACAUUCAAGGUGAGGUGAAUGGCACUCACUCAGCUCCAUCCACUCCUACAGCUGUGAAGGAGAACACGGAGGAGAACCGGCCCGACUCCCAGUUUCCACGACUUGAAAACAUUUCUAGCUUCCAUUCGGGCGAUGAAGGGACUGAAUCUGAAUCAGGGUACAGCUUUGAGUCACCAGAUGCGGACGAUACCGACACAAAUCAAGAGGCUGUCUCGUGUGGGGAACACCUUAGUGAUCACCAAUCAUCUGAAAAAUCAUAUCAUCAGAAAUCAGAACUGGAAGACUUGGAAGACUGUCCUGCAACUGCAAGUUGUCGUGGUAACUGCACACAUUCUCUCGGCGAGGCCGGACCUGUCCCGCAGAUCCAGCUGUCCUCAGAUGCCACUUGUCCUCGUAAAAGCACAGGCGGCAGCGAUUGA